AUGCCCGACAACGCCAUUCCACCCCUGAUGCUUUUGCCUAAAGUGAAAAUGCGUUGGAGUGGAGUACUCCCAGUUUUCAUCCUACCCUCUUUGCCUCUUUUUUCUCUACUCCUUUAUACUCUCAUAUCUUCCUCGGUGGCUGUUGUUAGUUUGCCGGGAUUAGACUAUGACUAUGGAGCCCAGCCAAAGUUUGUUUGUACCCCGAUUCCAGCGGAUGCAGACCCCAGCUGCUUCACACCAGGCGGGGCAGCACACGGACCUGCCCACGACAGACCCAGCAGUAAUGGGCAUCAUGGACCUGCAGCAGGGGCGCCCAAUGGUAACGGCAGGAGGUCGAUGGGAAUGGGGAUAGGAAUAUCAGACGAGGCCAAAUCCACCAUCCUGCACCUUCGCGAGAGCCUGGUGCGGCAAAAGGAGACCAUCUUAGACCAACGGGAGACGAUCAGGGAACUGACUGCCAAGCUGACCCUCUGUGAGGGCUUUGGCCGGGGAGUUGGUCAUCACGAUGACCAUCAUGACAAGCACCAUGGACCCCCGCGUCUCAACACCCAUCACCCGAGCUCGCACCACGCCUACCAUGAUGCUGACCACCACGGGGAUCCACACUACCCACUGAACAAUGGACAUCGAUCGGACCCACACCAUCGAGGGAAGGACAACGCUGGGAGCAAGCAUGGGGCCUUCUCCCCUGAGAAAACUAGGAAAACGCUACAGACACUCAAGGAGAGGCUGGAGAACUUGCAGGCCAGGAAUUCCUCCAGCUCCUAUUCAAGCUCACUGAGAGACCUCCUGCAACGCAAAAUCAAUGCACUUGAGAAGCAGCUCAACAAUCACUACGGUGGGCAUCAUGAUUAUGGUCACCAUGACGACCACCACGAUGACCACCAUGACGACCACCACGAUGACCAUCAUGACGACCACCACGAUGACCAACAUGGACCCGACCACCAUCAUGAUGAUCGACACGAUGACCACCACGAUGACCACCAUGACCACGAUGACCACCAUGAUGAUCUUCACGAUGACCACCAUGAUGACCACCGUGGAAACGGUCACAGUGAUGAUGGUCACCAUGGCAACGACGACCAUGGCCAUCAUCCUCGUCCAUCCUAUAACAGCAAGCCGCCGGCUCCAAGACCUCUUGGCCGUGGACACAACAAGCUUGAAACUGUGCUGAGCCACCUUAACCACAGGAACACUGACCCUGGUACCCGGAAAAAGCCAAAGAGUCCAGAUGCUUUCCAGAUUGGCUUCCCUAUGCGCACUAACUACAUAUAUGGAAAAAUAAAGAGGACCCUACUCAACGAAAUCUUCGCCCUCACUCUCUGCCUCUGGAUAAAAGGGGGAUCAGGGCCUGGCCUUGGCACUCCCUUCUCCUACUCUGUACCGGGACAGGCCAACGAACUGGUUCUGAUCGAAUGGGGCAACAACCCCAUGGAACUACUGGUCAACGACAAGGCAGUGACAUUGCCCAUGGCAAUGACGGAUGGGAAGUGGCAACAUCUGUGCGUGACAUGGUCGACACACGAUGGGCAUUGGGAGGCCUUCCAGGACGGUGUAAAAAGGGGAUCUGGAGAGAAUCUAUCUGCAUGGCAUCCCAUCAAGCCUGGUGGAGUCUUUAUUCUGGGCCAGGAACAGGACGCCCUAGGUGGCCGAUUUGACGCCACCCAGUCCUUCGUGGGCGAAAUGUCAGACCUCCAGUUGUGGUCCCGCGUUCUCACGCCCAAUGAAAUCUACAGCCAGGCUUCCUGUGGAGGUCAUAUGGCCGGUGACCUCAUCACCUGGACAGAGGCAGUGGUUGAGCUUCACGGUGGGGUCACCAAAUAUCCCUUCGACCCCUGCCACUAA